AUGGCGAUGGUGGCGGACACCGGUUUGUCUGAUGACACCUCGAGGACUGUGGUUCAGAACUUGAAGGCCUUGUACAUGGGCUUGCUGAGGCCCAUUGAAGUGGACAGCUCCUUUGGGCACUUCAACGACGCCCUGCUCACGGUCUCGGAGUUGGAGGCCCGGCCUCAGGUGCUGCUGAUCGGUCAGUAUAGCACCGGCAAGACCUCCCUCAUCAAGUGGGUCACCGGCAUCGACAGCCCCUUCUUCGACAUCCGGCCCCAGCCGAGCACCGACAAGUUCAUGGCGGUGGUCCAUGGAGACGAGGAGAAAGUGAUCAACGGAGACGCGGCUACUUGCUUGCCCAAGCUUCCCUACAGCGGCCUCUCCCGCUUCGGGUCAUCUUUCCUCAGCAAGUUCCAGGUGCUUGUGGAGAGCGCGGACAUCCUGAAGGAGAUCACCUUUAUGGAUACUCCUGGAGUGCUGUCUGGGGACAAGCAGCGAAUCAGCAGAGGAUACGACUUCAUGAAGGUUUGCAAAUGGCUGGCCUCCAGAUCUGAUCUCAUCCUUCUGCUCUUCGAUGCGCACAAGCUGGACAUUUCCGAUGAGUUCAAAGAGGUCAUUGAGACCAUCAAGGGUGACGGGGACAAGUGCCGUUGCGUGCUGAACAAGGCGGACGAGAUCGAUGGCGAGAACCUCGUCAAGGUCUACGGCGCCUUGAUGUGGAACUUGGGCAAGAUCCUGCAGACCCCCGAGGUGGCCCGCAUGUAUGUCGGAUCCUUCUGGGAUUCGGACUACAAGUGCAAGGACCUCGAGCGGCUGCUGAACCAGGACAGGCAGGACCUGGUGCAGGAGCUCCGGGACCUGCCGCGGAACGUCUGCGUGCGCCGGGUGAACGCGGUGGUGGCCCGGGCACGGGCGGUGAAGGUGCACCUCGCACUAGGCUGCGCCCUGCGGGCGCGCCUGCCGUCGCUGGGGUUCUGCGGCCGGCGCCUGCGGCGGCAGCGGUGGCUCACGGAGCAUUUGCCGGAGGUGUACGCGGAAGUCAUGAAAGAUUACGAGUUCGCCCUGGGGGACAUGCCCCCGGUAGAGCACUUCAAGGAGCGCCUGCGAGGCUUCAAGGACUUCCGCCGCUUCCUGAGGUCGUGCCACACGCAGCAAGCCGCCUUGGACAACUUGAUCGCGGUGGAGAUUCCGCAGCUCAUGGCGCUGGUGGGCGGGGUCUCAGCUUCGGAUCUGGGCAAGGCCAACUUCGCUGGGCAGUCCUACUCGUCCGCCUCUUCAGGUCGGUCGAACGGCUCGGCGGGUGGAGGGCGUGUAUGGCUGGUGGCGAUAGUUGUGCUGGUUCUGGCUGCGGCGGUGGCCAUCUUUGCCCACCCGGACUUGCUGCUGCAGCUGCCGAUGGUGCCCUGGGAGCGACGGGUACAGGCGCAGCUGACAGUUGAGCAGGUCAGCGAAACCGCGCGGGCGCGCGUUGCCGGCUUCUUCGGCGCGGCCCCGGAAGUGAAGCCCGCGGAGACAGCUGAGCAGGCUCCGGAAGCUGGCGAGGAGCUUCCUGAAGCCGCCGUGCAGGAAGUGGCUGCGCUGCCAGAGGGAUGGAGCGCUUACCAGGACGACGAAGGUCAGACCUAUUAUGCCAACCCUGCGACCGGUGAGACCAGCUGGGACCCUCCUCCUGUUGAACCUGCGCUCCCCGACAGCCGGACGGCUCAGUCGAUGUUUGACUUUGACGACCUGGAGCAACGCUUGGAAGCGAAGGCGAAGGCGCGAGCAAAGGACACCGAGGUGAAUGGGAAGAGCGGCAAGCUGGUCCGUAUUUGGGCCAUCUCGGACAUUCACACCGAUGAUCACCACAACAAGGAGUGGGUGGAAGCCAUGAACACCACCGGCACCGCAAAUGAUGUCAUCAUAGUUGCGGGAGACAUCUCCCACAAGUGGGAGGUGAUCCGGGAUACCUUGUCCUUUUUCAAGGCGCGCUUCGCGCGAGUCUUCUACUGCCCAGGAAACCACGAGCUGUGGGGAGAUGCGCAGCAGGACUCCAUGCGCCGCCUCCAUGAGAUCCUGGACCUCUGCCAACACCUGGGAGUCGAGACCCAGCCCGCUGAGGUGGCGGCGGGUGAUCGGCGCGUGCUCGUGGUGCCCAUCUUGUCCUGGCACCACCCGCAGUGGGACACCGAGCCAGAGAUCGAAGGCUGGCGGGGGCUCAUUCCGGUGGACAAGAUGCUCAGUGACUACUUGCUCACCCACUGGCCGCCUGGGAUUGCCAUCCAGGAUGGCACUGCGGCGAAAGCUGUGGACCUGGUGAACGAUGAGCUCACCGACUGGCCGCGCCUCUUGCAGCGGCGCCCAGGCUUCCAGGAGGUGAUCUCCUUCUCGCACUUCUUGGCGCGGGUGGAGACCAACCCGGAGAAGCGGUAUCUCAACUACCCCAACCUCGCCAAGGGAGUUGGCUCGGAGUACCUCCGACGCCGCGUGGAGUCCCUGCGGCCGGACCUUCAUGUCUUUGGCCACACGCACUUCGGCUAUGACCUGGAGGUGGAGGGCAUUCGCUAUGUCCAGGCCCCAUUGGCCAUGUCCCAGGAGCGCCAUGCGCGCGGCACCACCGUGGCCUUGGGCACCUUCCCCGAGGGCCUGCCGUUCUCGAACGCCUUCAAGGUCUGGGAUUCCCGCAAUGGCUGGGCGCCAAAGAGCCAGGCCGCCUGGUCGGCCUAUGUGGAGCGCUAUGGCCGGCGCCCAGACGUAACGUGGCUGCUGCCAUCUUACGUGGCAGACUGCGGCUUGGAGCCGGAACCAUCACCAGGCCUGACGGGCAAGAUGCCCAAGGUGGGAUGGCUGCCUGGCAGGAGUCCCGUGUGGUUCUUCGGGCCGAAGAAGCAGCGAGUGGUGGAGGCAGCUGCGGAGUCGCGGAAAGUGUCGGACCGGCUGGCCAAAGAAGCCGCCGGGAAGUACCGCAGCGCGCGGCUGCCCGGUACGGACGAGCCCCAUCCCAUCGAGGCCUCCGAGGUGGCUAUGCUGCGUCAGGUGGUGGUCAUCGACGUGCGGGAGGGCGAGUGUGGCAGCCGGCCGAAAGGCUGCAUUGAGCUGCCGCACCCACAGAUGACUUGCCACUUCCCGGCGCUGAACGACAACGAGCUGCUGGAGCUGAUGGAGAAGCUCAUGGCCACCGAGGGGCCCUGGGUGAUUGUGGGCGAUGCAGAUUUUCCGGUGCGCCACGCCGGGCAGGGGAAGAAAAUCGAUUCAUCCACCUUGGCCUGCGCCUUUGCCAUUGCUGGCAGGGCGUUUUCCAGGGUGCAUGCAGCAGAGUGGCAGGUAGAGGUGCGCCGGUGUGGGUCGUUGGAACGACCUGAGCAUCGCAUAGAUCUCGCUUUGGGAGGUCGGCCACGACACCUGCGGAUUCUGCGGGAGGUAUUGAACGUGACGGAGGCGCAGAGCAUCUUGGCGGCCGCCAAAUCCGCGCAGAUGCACGCAGAGGAGGCUGGGGACAACCCAGUGCAGUCGCUGUGCCGAAUACUUGCUGAAGACUCCCAGUGGCGUCCAGGAGACCUAGCCCAAAUGGUGCGAACGGCCGUGGAGGAGCGAGUGCUGCCCUACAUGCGGCAGGCCUUGUCCUGUGACUUGGCCACGGCCCAGGUGGUGCUGCGCCGCUACCCGCCACAUGGCCCUCGCAGCCACGCGCUGCACGCGGACCACGGGGCAUUUGGCACCGCAGUGAUGGACCUCACGCCGAUGCCUAAGAGCGGGCUCUUCGUGCAGUGUGGGGACCCGCUGGAUCUCGCGUCAAGCGCCGGGCAACCAGAGGCCUUCUUUGUGCCGCUGGGGCUGGGGGAUGUGGCGGUGCAUGGCUGGGAUGUGUGGCAUGGGGUGGCGCUCAAGGAGGGCCAGGAGCGCUUCUCUUUGGUCGUCUGGGCAUGUCCAAGCACCAAAACCCCCUGCCAGUGGUACCUCGAGGCGGCCGAAAAUGGGGACACGCUGGCUGCCUACCACCUUGGCAUUGAGGCGUGGCGGGGACACCUGAAGAAAGGCGAUCUGUCAACCAGCCGCGCCUUUAGCUGGAACCGGCUCAUGCGGGCAGCCUUCCAGCGAGGCUGGGAAGAUGCCCAGACUCGGAGAUAG